AUGAAUAAGCAAUCUACAAAAUCUGAUAUUGUCUCUAUAGAUUCUAUUUCUACACACAACUCUGUUUCAGACCGUGUACUCCUCCGUCAAUGUACUGCUCCGCUUAUAUCAAGCUGGACAGCAGUUCCUAUCAACGAACCAGUACCAGAAGCACUGGUACAGAAAUUUGAGCAUUUUAGAGCACUGAAGAAACAAGGAAUACAUCUUAAUACAAGCUUAGAUAAUUCAAUAUCAUUCAAAAACCCAAGAUUACUUGAUAAACUAGCGGAUUUUGUUGGUAUUACUGAUCAAUACGGAUCAAAUUUACCAUUAGAACUACAAAGUUGGCAGCAAUUAUCACUUGAAAUGAAAGAAAGCUACCUUGCAGAGAAACAGACGAAGAAAUCAAAAUCAUCAGCACAAAACUUAGCACAAAGAACAGAAGUUCAAUUUGUACCCGAAAAACAGUCUAAAAGUACAAGAUAA